AUGAGGUUAAUAAAAAAGAUGAACAACCAAUCUGCUCCUGAUAACGAAGAACAAGACAGUACAAGUCUAGAGAGAUCAUCUGAUCUCAACGAGGAGUCAAAAGAAACAUCUGAGAACAGCGAGAUCACAACAACAACAACAACUACAUCGGAAGAGAAAACAACUGACAUGAAGAAACCAGACAAGAUUCUUCCAUGCCCGAGAUGCAACAGCUCAGACACCAAAUUCUGUUACUACAACAACUACAACGUUAGCCAGCCACGUCACUUCUGUAGAAACUGCCAGAGGUACUGGACUUCCGGUGGAACCAUGAGGACCGUCCCAGUUGGUUCAGGCCGUCGUAAGAACAAGGGAUGGGUUUCUACAGACCAUUACAUGCACAUCAAGUCCGAGAAUACUAACAGUUACAAUAGCUCCUCGGCGAAAAUUCUUAGCUUCGAGUCUUCGGGGGAAGAGUCUUUGGUUACAGAGAAUGGUAAGCAUCAAUCAAGCGACUCUGUUUCAAAAGAUUUCAACAACUUCCAAAGAUUUCUUCCUCCGCAAGUAACAUCCUCUGUUUCGCCUCCUUGGCCUUACCAAUACCCUCCUAACCCUACCUUCUACCACAUCCCUGUCUACUGGGGAUACUCGGUACCGUUUUGGUCUAGUCUAGACCCUUCCACGUGUCUAGGGAAAAGGACAAGAGACGAAGCUUCACAUGAAAGUGUUAGAGAGGACAGAGACACUUUUGUAAGAGCAAGAUUGGAUUCACAGUCUCCAUGUACUACCGAUGAAGCAAACGUAGCUACGAAAAAUCGUGUGUGGUGUCCAGUACCGAUGAAACGGGAGAAGACACAUCAGUUCAGCUUAGUCGUGAAUGGGUCUGAAACAAAGAGCAGCAGCAAUAGAUUCGUUCCUGAAACGUAUCUAAACCUGCAAGCAAACCCUGCAGCCAUGUCAAGAUCUAUGAACUUCAGGGAGAGCGUGUAA